AUGACUUCUGAACCGGAUUAUGGGGAAUUUAUCCACAACUUGCCCUUCGCCUGUCCAGGGAGCUUUUGGGAGACAGGAAGCACGGAACGCGAGACUCGAAGCUUAUUGGAGGGCAAGCUUGCUUUACGGCUCAACAUUGCUUUUUACGGCAUUUUCCGGCUUCCCAUUCACUUCGCAGUGAAGAUGGCGUCGGGCAGCGGGACAAAAAACUUGGACUUUCGCCGAAAGUGGGACAAAGAUGAAUAUGAGAAGCUCGCCGAGAAGAGGCUCACGGAAGAGAGAGAAAAGAAGGAUGGAAAACCGGUGCAGCCUGUCAAGCGGGAGCUUCUCCGGCAUAGGGACUACAAGGUGGACCUGGAAUCCAAGCUUGGGAAGACGAUUGUUAUUACCAAGACCACCCCACAAUCUGAGAUGGGAGGCUAUUACUGCAAUGUCUGUGACUGUGUGGUGAAGGACUCCAUCAACUUCCUGGAUCACAUUAAUGGAAAGAAACAUCAGCGAAACCUGGGCAUGUCUAUGCGUGUGGAACGUUCCACCUUGGAUCAGGUGAAGAAACGUUUUGAGGUCAACAAAAAGAAGAUGGAAGAGAAGCAGAAGGAUUAUGAUUUUGAGGAAAGGAUGAAGGAGCUCAGAGAAGAGGAGGAAAAGGCCAAAGCCUACAAGAAAGAGAAACAGAAGGAGAAGAAAAGGAGGGCAGAGGAGGACUUGACGUUUGAGGAGGAUGAUGAGAUGGCAGCUGUGAUGGGCUUCUCUGGGUUUGGUUCCACCAAGAAGAGUUACUGA